AAAAGAAAAGGAAAACAAAAGAAGAUGCAAACCCCACGCACUCAGCUUCACAAGAAAGUGAAGUUAUUUGGUUUUUUCUGAAUCAAUCUUUCUUCAAAGUUUUCUUCUUUGGUUAUCCUUCGUCUUCCACAUGGGUCGCCUUCUUCUCUUUCUCAUUAUUCUCAGCUUCGUUGCAUUAUCUUUCCUCUCAGAGGUUCAAUCAGCGUCGUUCAAGAUCGUGAACAAGUGUCGUUACACGAUAUGGCCGGGAUUACUCUCCGGCGCCACCUCACCGCCGCUUCCCACCACCGGAUUUGCCCUCAGAAGCGGCAAGUCAAAGACCAUAAACAUCCCGAAAUCUUGGUCGGGUCGGAUAUGGGCACGGACCCUCUGCGGUCAAGACCCGGACGGAAAAUUCUCUUGCGUCACCGCCGACUGCGGUUCCGGCAAAGUAGAGUGCGCCGGCGGCGCCAAGCCGCCGGCCACAUUGGCGGAGUUCACUCUUAACGGAGCCGAUGGAUUGGACUUCUACGACGUGAGUUUGGUCGACGGUUACAACCUUCCGAUGCUGAUCGUCGCCAAGGGAGGAACCAGGGGCGGAUGCAGCGCCACCGGCUGUCUCGUCGACCUUAACGGUGGCUGUCCGGCGGAUCUCAAGGUGGCGCGUGUGAACGGCACCGGUCGCAGCGUCGCGUGCCGGAGCGCAUGCGAGGCUUUCGGGGAUCCUCGUUAUUGCUGCAGUGAGGCGUUCUCCACGCCUGACACGUGUAGUCCUUCCGUGUAUUCGCAGUUCUUCAAGCAUGCUUGCCCACGCGCCUACAGCUACGCGUAUGAUGACAAGACGAGCACCUAUACAUGUGCCUCCGCUAACUAUUUGAUCAUUUUCUGUCCCAUGCCCUAUACUAGCCAAAAACUGUUGGGAGCACGCAAAGAUGGGGCACAGCUUCCUCUGGUAAAUAAAACAAUGAUGUACUUGUCAAGCCUACAAUCAGGAGGUUCUUCAUCAAUAUCUCUGAUUCAAACUCAGAGUAUAGCUUAUGUUGCCUCUAUCACGGUGGCUUUCUUCCUGUUCUACCGUCUUUAGCAUCCUUUCUGGCUUACCUUUUGCUUGGACACUCCUGGUAGACAGUGACACCAACACUAGCUGGUUAUUAAUGUAGCCCGUAUAAGCUCUUCAUGCUGUCUCCCUUUCUACUUUUAUACAUUAAAGUAUCAAAUCAUAGCUGUGCUGAUUCUGCUCAUCGUGCAGGACUUGAAGGAUAUCAUAUAGGAAACACUGUAAAUUCUUCCCUUUUUUUUUUGUUUAUAUUGUACCCUUUUGUUCCCGUCAACAUUUUUGUUGUUGAUCUCUUGCGGACCCUCAAUUCUGAUUUUGUUAACAGAGAGGCAUCACCAAUUUGCAAAGUAUUAUAGAAUCAAACAUCUGACAAGUUAUCAGAGGCUCAAUAUUAGCAUUAGAUACAUAUUGUAAUAAGUGCAUCAGUGUAUACAUGAGAUAGUGUUGU